CACCUGCUCCUCCCGCUCUCCGCCCGCACCUUCGCGCGCAUGCGCUAUGCCCCUUCCACACCCACCCCCCCGCCCCACGCUCCUGCGCAGCCGCCUUCUCCUACGCAGGCGCCCGCGCAGGCGCACUGGCAGCUCGCCGUCCCGCGCAGGCGCAGUGCCGUGUCGUUCCCCCUUUCCUCCGUCCCUUCCCGUCUCCCCGCGCUCCGGCGGCCCCUUUAAGAGGGCCCCCACCCAAGGGUCUCGCCGAGGAGGGGGUCCCGGCGGCCCCGCCAUGUCGUGGCGGCGACAGUGGUGCUACCUGUGCGACCUGCCCAAGAUGCCCUGGGCCGUGGUGUGGGACUUCAGCGAGGCCGUCUGCCGCGGUUGCGUCAACUUCGAGGGCGCCAACCGUAUCGAACCAUUGCUGGAGGCCGCCCGACGACUCCGGCACAGCCACGCCGAAACCCGGCACCGCGACGCUCCGAUGCCGAGUCUGCCCGAAGGGCCGUGCCGCUCCGAGGAGGUGACAGCCGAGCGCCGCGGCCCGCCGUUGCCGGUACCGUGCCGCCCGCGCGGCGCCGAGUGCCUCGCGGAGCUGAGCGAAGCCAUGCGCGGCCGCGCCGAGGACUGGCCGGGGAAACCGCCGGCGGUGCGGGAACGCCUGGCCGCCCUUGCCGGCUGCGCUCCCUUCAACGUCCGCUUUCGUAAGGAUCACGCUUUGGUGGGACGGGUCUUCGCCUUCGACGCCGCGCCCCGGCCCGGCUUCGAGUUCGAAUUGAAGCUUUUCGCCGAAUAUCCCUGCGGCUCCGGCAGCGUCUACGCCGGCGUGCUGGGCCUGGCGAAGCAAAUGUUCCAGGACUGCCUACGGGCGCCCGGCAAAGCCAUUUCCUCCGGUUACAAAUACCUGGAGUACGAGAAGCGCCAGGGCAGCGGCGAUUGGCGGCUGCUCGGCGAACUCUUCACCGAAGCCGUCCGCUUCUUCCGCCACCCGCCGGCGCCCGAAGCCUUGCCUCAGCAGCACCCUCCUCCGCCACCGCGUCGCCGCCGCAAAGCUUCGCCGGAGCCGGAUGAACCUCGACCGCAUCGUCAGCACCCACCGAACGAAACCGCGGCCGAGGAACCUCCCGCCUCUCAUCGCCCGGCGGAAGAUUCGGCGUCGCCGACGUUGUGUUGCGGUCUGUGCCGGCAGCGGUUGGAGGACACCCACUUCGUGCAGUGCCCGUCGGUGCCGGCUCACCGGUUCUGCUUCCCCUGCGCCCGCCGCGCCAUCCGCGCGCGGGGUGCCGGCGGGGAGGUGCACUGUCCCAGCGGGGGCCGUUGUCCCCUGGCCGGAUCCGGCCUCCCCUGGGCCUUCAUGCAGGGCGAAAUCGCCGCCAUCUUGGCCGGCGACGUCCGCGUCAAGAGGGAACGGGACCCCUGA